GUCUCGCUCUCAAGCUUCCACCUCAUACUCAAUACCACACACUUGUCCCAUUCGCGUCUUCCUCAAUCACACCAGAAACCAGAAAAUUACCAUUUCCAUAUGUAUAUAUAUAUAUAUAUAUAUAUAUGCAUCGAAGCCCAAAUCCAAAUCACAAACACAGAAAGCGGGAAAAAAAUUAGAAAUCGUUCACAAGCACGGGGAGAGCGAGAGAGAGAGAGAGAGAGAUGGACAAGACGAGCAGAUCGGAGCAGCAGACAAGAGAUGAAGGCGGAGAGAAAAGGGCGAAUUUGGAAGGGUUACCAUUAGAGAGCAGUCCGUACACGCAAUACAAGGACUUGGACGACUACAAUCGCCAGGGCUACGGCGCUCAGGGCCACCAGCAGCCCAAGCCCGGCCGCGGCGCCGGCGCCACAGACGCUCCCACCCCUUCCGGCGCUGCCGUCAAUUCCGACGCUCAGAACUCCGCCACCGGAGCCGUCAACCGCCAGGGCGUCCCUUAAUUGAAUUCUUCGCGUGGCCGGAGCGGAGUUUUCUGUAACGGAUGCUAGGGUUCGCCUCUGUUUAAGAAAGCGUUUUAUCUUCUAUUUGAUGACUCCAUAAUCUUUUAUUUUAUUUCAUAUAAAGUUAGUAACCCUAUUUAUAACGAGCAAUUAAAUCACUAAUUUGGUCUC